AUGCACUGCGUAAUUCGCGAGUAUCCUUUGCAGAAUGCCUUGCGCAACACAGUGCGGCCCACCAAGUUCCACCGCACACUCCUGCACGUCUUCCGCGUCAUUGCCAGUUUGGUUGGCGCCUGCAUCGCAGUCACCUUCGAGGCUCCGGUGGAUGAAGAAGUGGAAGCCACCAGCACAGCGACCUGGGACUUGUUCCUUCAGGCAGUGACUAUGCCCAUCACUGGGAAUACCAUCCUUUGUGCCUUUUUGGGAAUCUUGUUCAGCUCCACCGUGAAACGAUUAGUGCUGAGGUUGUUCUACCGCCAUGCCAUUGCCUACAAUCAGCGUCCCACUACUUCUGUGGAAGCAAGAAAGUAUCAGCUGAGGUAUUGGCACGAACUUGCAGAGAUGGGCAAGUGGACUUGCAUCAUUGGAAGCUUCUUGGGCUUCGGCAGCUCCGUGGCCAUGUGCAUGCUGACUCCACAGCCACGUGCAGCAGUAGCGUUCCAAGCCUUCUGGUUGUCCUUGUUGGGAACUCAUUGGCUGCUGCCACUGAUUCGCGGCGGUGCUUGUGCAGUUGUGCUCAUAACAGCAAGAAGCAAGGCAACCUUUGACGGUUGGCUGACAGUUUGGCC